AUUGCCAUAAAUGUUUGUGUCGAUAUAUAUUGUUUCUUGACGAAAUUUUAAGAAAAAUAUACACAUGAAUGUAUGAAUGUACAGUGUACAGUGUAUACUGUACACCCUCAAAUGAAAACGACUUUAUCGCCAAAUGCUUGACAAAGUCAUUUAACACGCUAUGGCACAUGCUGAGAAUUAUACAGAAAAAUAAAUGGUUUACUUCAGGAAAUAAUAUUCUUUUCUUCGGUAAAUUAUUGCAAAAUGAUUUCUAUUUCUUCAAGUCAAAUGUAUAAAUUGUACAAACGAAGAAGGCGUCGCACUUAAAUGAAUCACAUGAUUCAGAAAUUAAUUCCGUACGAUUUAUAACGAAAAAAGGAACAAUUUCUGUGGAAACUGAAAUAAAUUGACGCUCUUAAAUUAUUCUCGAAAGAAAAGUGACCAGAGACGGAAUGUCAACAUCAUCCGCAAAUUCAAAUUCAAAUACAAAUACAAACCAGACCAACUUACAAUGUUCAAAGGAAACGUCAGCACCGUAUGAUCCGUAUUUACAUCGCGAUGUGAAGCAUCCGACAUCACAUAUUGUCACUCAAAUUCUUCUGGUGAAAGGAUUAAUCGGAACGGGAGUGUUUGCAAUACCGCAUGCAUUCAAGCAGGCCGGCUACAUUGUGGCACCGAUUUUCGCUGCAUUGAUAGGAAUCACGAUGACUUAUUGCUUCCAUAUUUUAGUUCAAUCAAUGUAUAUAAUGUGCAAGCGUCACCGUAUUUCGGUGCUUACUUAUCCAAUGGCAUUCCAAUUGGCGCUAAAAGAUGGACCGCCAUACCUUCGUUGCUUUGCACCAUACGCUGUUGGAUUUGUUAAUGGUUUUCUAUUAAUCAAUCAAAUCGGAAUCGGUUGUGUUUAUGUCGUAUUUGUGUCAACGAAUCUCAAAACAUUCACCGACUCUUGGUAUACCAUAAGAGUGGAGUAUUAUAUUUUGAUGUUGUUUGUGCCACUAUUUGCUGUUAUGUUGAUCCGUAACUUGAAUGCAUUGGCGCCAUUCACCAUUUUUGCCACGGUCAUCUGUUGCACAGCCAUUAUAAUGAUCCUAGUAGAAUUGUUUACAAACAUGCCACAAUUCCGGGAUCGCAACGCAGCCGGUACUAUUUUGGAGUUUCCAUUAUUUUUUGGAACAACCCUCUUUGCGCUGGUACCCAUCGGUCUUAUCAUUACGUUGGAGAACAACAUGAAAACACCGCAGUCAUACGUCUCUAGGUUUGGUGUUUUAAACUGUGGAAUGACAAUCGUCACGGUGAUUUAUAUAAUUUUUGGUGUGUUUGGUUACGUAAAAUAUGGUGAUCAGAUAGAAGAUAGCAUCACAUUGAAUUUAGACCCGAACAAUAUCCAAACGAAAAUUAUCCAAAUGGGAUACUCUGUAUCUAUAGGCCUUUCGUAUGCACUCCAAUGCUAUGUGGCUGUGGAAAUUAUCUGGGGGAAUCAUUUGUCACAAUAUUUUACCAAAUAUCCAAUGUUGGGAGAGUAUGCGGUUCGCUUAGCCAUUGUUUUGAUUACAUUUGUACUCGCAGUUGCAAUUCCCAAAAUUGGUAUGUACAUAUCAUUAUUUGGCGGUUUCUGUUUGUCGAUGGUCGGUCUAGCGAUUCCUGCGCUGAUUCAAAUUUGUGUGCGAUAUCCAUUUGAUUUGGGGCCCUACAACUAUAAGAUCAUUCCUAAUGUCAUUCUUAUCAUCAUCGGCAUUUGUGUAUGUAUAACGAGCACGACCGCAGGGAUGAUUGACAUUGUUAAAUUUCUGUCUGGAUGAGCUCGUGUUUAAACAAUUGUUUAAAAUAAAAAAAAUUUCAUCGUU